AUGGCAGUGGGGGAGAGAAAAGCUGUUGUGAAGAGCGUAGACAUGGUAGAGGAAAUGCAACAUGUAGCGGUCGAUUGUGCCGUGACGGCAUUGGAGCGCUUCAACGUAGAGAAAGACAUCGCAGCCUACAUUAAAAAGGAGUUCGACAAAAUGUACAACCCCACAUGGCACUGUAUUGUGGGGAGAAAUUUCGGCAGGUAA